AUGCAAAAAACGCAACAACGACAUCUGGUAACAAUCCACUACGAUGCCCCACCUACAUCGUUGUUCCAAUGCUUCUUGAUCCUUCACUUGUUCAAUCAUGAAAUAAAAAUCCAGCAACAAAUCUUGUCAUUGCCCAAUAAUUUCCACUCGGGAGAAUGUGCAUACUUCUUCGAAUUGAUACCCAUCGUUUCUAAUAGAACAGCACCAUCAUAAAGUAUUUAUAGUUACUCAUCAGCUUAUUUUCAGAAUCCGAACACAGCAAAUGGAAUAAUUGUAGCAGAUGAUGGUCGAUCGGCGACAAAACUCGAUUAUCCUGAAAAAAUGUUCAUCGACGAGAAGGACAAUAUUAAUGUGGUUGAUAAAUCGAAUCAUCAUGUUGUUCGACGGAAGUGCAAUGCCCAGGAAGGUGACGUUGUAGCGGGUGAGUAG